UUCAUGGUUCACUCCUUUCUCUGUUAUAUAUAAAGCUUGAGAGACAAAAAUCUAAAAACAUAAACACACGCAAUAUAGGUAUCAAGAAAAAAAACACGAUCAUGUCUCACAUAGCAGUGGAGAGAAACAGGAGAAGACAAAUGAAUGAAAAUCUCAAGGUUUUGCGUUCCUUAACCCCUUGUUUCUACAUCAAAAGGGGUGAUCAAGCAUCAGUUAUAGCAGGAGUAAUUGAAUUCAUCAAGGAGUUACACUUAGUUCUACAAUCUCUAGAGGCAAAAAAGCGACGAAAGAGCCUAAGUCCUAGCCCUGGUCCUAGUACUCCAAGGCCAUUGCAACUAAGUCCCACACCUGAAAGUCCAUUUAAUAAUAACUUCAAGGAACUUGGAGCAUGUUGCAAUUCUCCAGUGGCUGAUGUUGAAGCAAAAAUAUGUGGAUCAAAUGUUAUGUUGAGAACAAUCUCAAAGAGGAUUCCUGGUCAAAUUGUGAAGAUAAUCAAUGUGUUAGAGAAGCUUUCUUUUGAGAUUCUUCAUCUCAACAUCAGCACCAUGCAGGAUACAGUUCUAUACUCCUUUGUCAUCAAGAUAGGACUGGAGUGCCAACUGAGUGUGGAAGAGCUAGCCGUGGAAGUUCAAAAAAGCUUCUCAUCUGAUGUUUUUUGUAUCAGUGAAAUAUAGAAUCUAAAAAAAAGGAAGAGAAAUUAUCUAAAUGUACUUCAUUCCAAUAUUAUCUUCUUACGCUCUAGUACUAUAUAUCCUUUGGAUAUAAAGUGUAAGAAACUAAUUUUGGAAUGUAACAAAUAAUUUCCAACAUUUAAGGUUGGAUUUACUACGUAAAAUCUACUAGUAUAUGACUAGGUAUACUGGUAUAGGGCGUAUGGAAGUGUCAUAAUUCUCUGAAUUAGAAAGUUGAGGAUGUAUACUAUAUAUAGAAAGACUUUGUCCUUAGAAAGACUUUGUCCUUCUAUUUUAUAUAUAUAGUAUGUUAAGAGAUGAAAGUAGAUGCAUGCACGUAAAAGAAUAUCAUCCACAUCUACUUCAAUCUGAACAAGAGCAAAGCCAUAUAUUAACAGUAUAUGCAAGUGUUUUGGUUUAUGCUUCAUGUUGCAAAUGGAUGCUUUACAACAUUAUAUACAUUGCUUCUGAACCAAGGGCAAAGCCAGAGUAUAGAGUUUAUGGGCCGGGGUUCUGAACUUGUCAUCAAAUAUGUAAUCGUCAUAAUUAC